AUGUCGUAUAAUCAUCAACCUCAAUUAUCUGUUAAUUCAGUUCAAUCAGUUAUUGAACCCGUAACACCUCCACCAAUUGGACAGAUGAAUAAUAAGAAAAAUCAUCAAAAGACUCAAUCUUUAGAUCUUUCUACAUUUAAUCACUUUAUUGCAUCUUCUUCUUCUUCUUCUUCUUCUUCUUCUGGUUCCUCAAAUAAUGUUUUGAAUUCUCAUUCUCCAAUGUUAUCAAAUAAUAAUAAUAAUAAUUUAAUAUUUUCUCCUAAAAUUGGUAAUGAUUCUAGAGAUGGUAAUAAAAAUUUACCAUUAAUUGCUGAAUUUGAUAAUUACAAUAAUAAUAAAUAUCAUUCUUCGUCAAAUCAGAGAGGUAAUACUACUGCCACUAAUACUACUGGUGGUGGUAGACAUAAUAAUGGACAAAAUAAAAAAUCAAAGGCAAGUGGGAAAUAUCAUCAUAAUAAUAGUAAGCAUAACCAUAAUAAUAAUGGGAAUUCUAAAAAUAAAUAUAAUGGUAAUGGUAAUGGUAAUGGUAAUGGUAAUUCUUCAUCGUCUUUAUUGUCUUCUUCGAAUUCUGUAACUCCUUUAUCAAUCGAUGAUAUUAAUUCAACAUCUUUAGAAGAUUUGGAUUAUGUAAAAUUGGCAACUGAUCAAUUUGGUUGUAGAUUUCUUCAAAAAAAAUUAGAAUCAAAUUCAUCGAACGAAUCAGAUCUUGUAAGAGAUUUGAUGUUCGAUCAAAUUAAACCUUAUUUUAUUAAUUUAAUUUUAGAUCCAUUUGGUAAUUAUUUAAUCCAAAAACUUUGUGAAUAUUUAACAAUUGAACAAAGAACUACUUUGAUUAAUUCAAUUUAUCCGUAUGUCUUUAAGAUCUCUAUUAAUCAAUAUGGUACAAGAUCUUUACAAAAAAUUAUUGAUACAGUAGAUAAUGAAUCUCAAAUUGAUUUAAUCGUUAAAGGGUUUUCAACAAGUUAUACAUCAAUAGAUCAAAUAGUUGUAUUAAUUAAUGAUUUAAAUGGGAAUCAUGUAAUUCAAAAAUGUAUCUUUAAAUUUCCUUCAACAAAAUUCGAUUUCAUUAUUAAUGCUAUUAUCGAAAAGAAUAAUAUAAUUACAAUUUCUACACAUAAACAUGGUUGUUGUGUCUUACAAAAAUUGCUAAGUGUUUGUACUUUACAACAAAUUUAUACAAUCUCCAUUAAUAUCAUUCAAUUCUUGCCAGGUUUAAUUAAUGAUCAAUUUGGAAAUUAUAUUAUUCAAUUUCUAUUAGACAUUAGAGAUUUAGAUUUUUAUUUUUUGGUAGAAACAUUCAAUAAAUUAUCUGGUGAUUUAUGUCAAUUAUCAUGUUUGAAAUUCUCUUCUAAUGUAAUUGAAAAAUUCAUUAAGAAAUUAUUUGGUGCUGUUAUUGGUGCUGUUAAAGGUGAAGCUCAUCCUAAUAUGACAGAUGAAGUCAUGAAUAAUAUAAUGAACAUUUUAUUGACCAUCAUUGAUAUUUUUACAAUGAAAUUAAAUAUCCUUAUUAGAGAUAAUUUCGGUAAUUAUGCAUUACAAACUUUAUUAGACUCCAAGAAUUAUUCAAUUAUGUUAGAAUACAACGGUAAUGAUUAUAUCUUGAAAAAUAAUCCAAAAUUUUUGAAUUUCUCUCAUGAUUUCACUACUAAAGUUGACAUUUUAAUUCGUCUAACAAAGGACUUAUUACCAAGUAUUAAGACUACAUCUUAUGCAAAGAAGAUCAAAUUAAAAGUUAAAGGUUACGCAGAAUUGUGUAAUAUUGAUUUUAGUGAACCAGCGCAAGCUGUUUCGAAUCUUUCUGGCUCCAAAGAUAACAACAACAAUACAUUAGUCACUACUUCUCAAAAUUCAUCCCUUCUAAUUCCUGAUAAUCAAAGAAAACAACAUCAACGCCAUGUAUCUUUACCUGCAAAUGCAUACCAUAGAAGAAAUAGUAGUAACGUAUUGUCUGUUAAUUCUGCUUUUGCACCUUUAUCUUCACAGCAACAGCAACCGCUAAGUUCUAUCCAAACAUCGAUUACUAAUAUAUUUAAUUCUCAAAAUUCGUCACCAUUGAGUAUUAACCAACCUCAACAAAUGGAAUAUCUAAGUGAGCAACCAUUUAUGCCAUUCGCCGCUAACACAAUCAUGGCUAACAGCGGAUUAACUGUACCAAAUGAUCUAAAUUAUGAUGAAGAUUUCAACUUGGCCAAACCAUUAGCUAACCUGACUUUAAAUUCAGGGGUAACUUCUUCACAACCACUAUUUUUCAUGAAUGAACUAGGUCCCACAUCUAAUAGUAACAGAAAUGUUAGCACAAGUAGUAGUUCAAGUAAUCUCCUACAAAAUAAUAGUUACAGUUCUACUAGUAGCGCCACUGUGAACAGUUCAAACCCAAAUAACAAUUUUAUGACCGCCCCAACAUUAAUGAACACAUUGAGCAUUGCAUACAACCCAAAUGAUAGAAACAACUCCAGUAACUUUAAUGACUUCAAACAUAUGGCCUUACAACCUCAACAAAGAAUUAUCAGCAAUCCGUUUCCUAAUCAAUCAUUCCAAACGAUGAAUACAAAUCAGGGAACUACAAGUAAUGCGACUUCUCAAAUAUAUAAUAGCAACACAAAUAAUGGUACUUUACUUGGUGGAAUCAAUAACAUUCCGAAUAUAAAUGGAACUGAUAACUUCAAUGAUUCGUUCGGCUAUUAUUGA